AUGAAUGAUGUUUUUAGUGAGAUUUCUCGAUGUAUAAAAAUGGAUAUUCCUAAAUUUAUAGAAUUAAUAGACGAGUACAUCCUACCAGAGAAUAUCAAAUCACCAAUUGACCAUAAAUCUUACUAUCAGACGGCAGCUCCAUAUCCAUCUUGUACUUAUGUAUGGGAAGACGAUUCAUUAGUAGCAAUUUGCAGAGAAUGUUCAGUUUCUCCAAUGUCUGUAAUAUGUUUAGAUUGCUUUGAACACUCAGAUCAUCACAAUCAUUUAACUUUUUUAGUUAGAUCAGAAUAUGGAUUCUGUGAUUGCGGAAAAGCCAGCAAUAUGAAAGUGCAAGCAUUCUGCACACAUCAUCACGAUCCAAAAAUUCCAACAUCACAAAUUCCGGAAAAUGAAAAGGAAAAAUUCAGACAAGUGAUCGAUCUAAUCGUUUCAAACAUACCAUUUUACUGUAGUUGCGAUACAAAUUCUGCCGUUUCCCUAUUAAAAUGGAUAAAUGGUUGGAUCAGGGCAAGUUACUUGCAUAUGAAGGUAGUAGCCGAUGUAUUUAUAGAAAAAUUCAAUCUGACGAACUUCCUGCUUCGAUCAGGAAAGAUGGAUUUGAGAAUUAUUGAUGAAUUUGUAACAACUUUAAUUUUCUUACACAGUUGUGAGGAUUUCAAUCUAUAUUUACUGAAACAAUGCAUCUCCUUAUUCCCCAAUUGCGUUUCAAUACUUCUAGAGCUUGCUUCUGUUAUAAGUCACUCUCCAGAUUUAUUAACUACGACACCACCAUUCCCACAGUUCCACAAGGUGACUCAAACGUUUCUUUUCUGCAUAAAGAAUGAUUUGCUACAGAAAGUUAUCCAUACAAUGGACUGGAUUAAUCCAUUUCUAGAUUCUAUCAAAUUAAUCUUCGAUAGAGGGCUAAACGACUACGACAAAAAUAACUCAUGCGCUAGAAUUGCCAUAUCCAUGCUUUUCAGCCUUACAGAACUCAUGCAACAUAUUAUAAAAAAUUUAAAUCAAGAAGAACUUAUACAAUUCAUCAGAAAAUACGUCGAUGCUGUACUACCUCUAGAAGGCCAAUUUGUCUUCGAUUCAUCCAUUGGAGAUUUCGUUCCUGGAACUGGAAGAAUUGCAUAUGUCCAAAUUACGGAAUUAGAAUUUACAUCGUUCAAUAUAAUUAAUCUUAGGAAAUGUGUCGUUCCAGAUAUAAUCGAGAUUUUUAUUACGAAGUUUUUGAACAAUCUUUCGUCAAAUAACUACGAAACAAUCGAAGACAAGAUUGUUUACCACAGAUUCUUCGAUGAUGAACAUGUUAAAACAAGUUUGUCCCUUGGCUUGCACUCUUUUGCCCUUGAUCAGUUAUUAUUACAAAAUGAUUUGAAAAAAUCAUUCGAAACACUUUCCAAAACCCAUAACUACUCAUACGAUGACCUAGCCAUAUACUGGGCCCUCCUUCCUUUGAGGUUUAUUGGGUUAUCCCAGCUAAAUUCCUUCAAAUUAGUCACAAUGGACCAAAUAUUGAGCCGCUACAUCGAUAUCAACCAAAAUUGGGCCAAUAUACACCUCAGAUUCAAGCAAUGCUUCAUAAUUGUGCAGACAAUGCUUGGAUUAGCGAGAGACAAAGACGCUUUCCUUAAAAUGAUAUGUUAUACGUGUGGUUUAGAUGCAGAUUACUGCACAGACUACGAAAUAGGUAUAAUGGAAUUCAAUGUUUUGAUGAUAAUUUGCGGAUUAAUUUUUGACAGGUAUUUAGUGAAGAAUGAUGAACGAAUGAUCCGUAAAUUGAGUUUUAUUUCAAGAAUGACCAGCGGACCUCAAAGUAUCAAUGAGUUAUUGACUGGAAUGCAAACUCCUGAUUUUUUCCAGAAGGAAAUAAUAGAGGACGUAUUAGAAGUCGCAAGGCAAAUUGCAGGAACAGACAAGUUCGUUGUAAGAAACGCGUCAGAAUGGAAUGUUGUCGCUCCUUGGGUUCCAAAUAAUUUAAUCCACGGAGCAGUGUUAUCGAAACUUAGUAGCGGUACGAGAUUUUUCCCGUUCCCGGAGUGGGAAGACCCAAUACGUCCGGAAAUUGAUCUAAAACCUUGUCUGAAUUCGAGAGUUUUAUUUGCAUUGAUUUUCCAGAUAAUUUCGAACACGGUACACUUCUCAGGAUACACAGAUCCGGUAACUGCUAACGUUUGCUCAGGUUUACUAGUAAGAAUGGGCGAAUUAUUCCCUGAUCCUCCAAAAGAAAUGCCAAAGGUAUGUAGUCCGCCAAAAGCAAAGACACUGGAAGACUUGAUCAAGGUAUUACCAAACAAUUUGUACGCUUUCGUAAGAUUUCAAGUUGCAUAUCGAGGUAGCGAAGCAACAUGCGUACUCCAGAUGCUUGAAUGCCUCGGAAAAGUAUCAGAAAGGAUUUUCCAUGUCUUAGAUCCCGAUAGAGUUAAGACGCCUUGUUCACCACGCCAAGAAACAGAACAAAAAGUCUUAAUUGCAAGCGCAAAAAAGCAAGCAAUCGAUUUUAUCAGGAACACACCUUUGCCAUUCGAUUCCCAUAAGGUCAAAAACGCAAAUUACUCGAAAUGUAACAUUUGCGGUAAAAAAGACAAUCUUUGGCUCCCAGUUUACGCUUACAAAAACGGUUUGCCAAAAUUUAUCGGUCUUGACGUUGACACAGUUUUAUCAUUAUUUGCAUGUCCUCAUUGCGUACAUAUCAGUUGUGUUCCGAAAAAUACAUGUUAUUUAUGCAAAAAUGAUAAUUUCAAGGCAAAUUGCUUUGUUCCUAUGAAUCCAACCCCUGAAAACGCGCAGAUAUUCCUCUCUGCGCUCUUCCCGAACGAGCCAGCUGAGAAAUGGCCCGCUUUAGGCAUUAAUACUUUGACAUAUGAAGUUCAUGCGAUCGAAAUGAGGCACAGAAUGAAUCCAUUUGCACUUGACAAUGCAAAUCAAAGGAUUCUCCUUGAGAAAACCUUCCUUUGCAUUCAAAGUUUCGAUGACAUUGACUCGAAUUGCCUUGUUCAUGACCCGGUCGCUUCUCUCUUCAUGCUUUUGAUGGAUGAUUACGACUUCUCAGUGUUUCUCGAUAUCAUACGGACCUUGUCCAUUGAUCUUUCUCCAAAAGAUUUGUAUGUAUUUUUGAGAUGUUGCCGUAUUAUAGCUCGCUUCUUAUAUAAUAAGGCAGCAAGAGACUGGGAUGACGAAAUGUCCGCCGAAAAGCUCAAAAUCUUCUUUGGAAUUGAUAAUGUCAAAGAAAUUGUUUUGGAAAAGUUCAAAUUCAAAGAUUUGGACCAAAACUUGAUGUACAUGAUACUCAAGAGCGGUGUUAAAGAGACUGAUUUGUUCGGAUCAACUUAUUACGACUUGUUGACAGGAGAUAUAAUUUUAGGAAGCCACGAUCACCUUGAACCGAUCAAACAACUUCGUCAACAUGUUAAAGAUAAGUGGAAUAGCUCAUUUUCUAUCUUGGUUCCUUUGCAGGGCGGAAAACAUGCAAUAAUCAUAGAUGGAAACGAGACAAUCUACUAUUUGAUGCCGUUAUACUACAAUCCGUAUAGAACUGAGAUGGGAAUCCUUGAAUGUCCUUAUGUUCUAUCAAGAGAUGUUAAUGAUUAUCUUAUCGAUUGUAUUUUAUCAGGAUAUUGGCUCGUGCUGAGCAAAUAA